AUGUCCGAGAAGAAUGUGGUAGUCAUUGGGGCUGGCGUGGCGGGCCUGACCACGGCCCUUCUACUGUCCAAGAAACCCGGUUACAAGAUUGUGGUCGCCGCCAAACAUAUGCCGGGAGACUAUGAUAUUGAAUACGCGUCGCCUUGGGCCGGCGCGAAUUACAUGCCUGUUUCGAUCCGCAAUACAGAAGCCGCCGAAUGGGACAAAAACACCUGGGGACCUCUGGAGGAUCUGGCCCAAAACCACUCCGAAGCCGGUGUGCACUUUCAAGACUGCGAGAUUCACAGCCGCGCAAAAGACGUAGGCACCGCGACGGCCAACUGGUUCGCGGAGCUGCUGUCGCCUAGCCCAUGGUUUGCAAAGGUUGUUCCAAAUUUUCGAGCACUGCCCAAAGAAUCGCUGGGACCCGGAAUCGACUCUGCCACGGUUUUCACCUCGGUCUGCAUCAACACUGCCAUUUACCUUCCCUGGCUCGUGUCCCAGUGCCUCAAGAACGGUGUGACCUUUAAGCGAGCUGUCUUUCCCCACGUCUCGGACGCUGCUGCGCUUGGGGUCCAUCCCGAAGGGAAAGUUGACGUGGUGGUCAAUUGCACAGUGUUGAUGGCGACGAAGCUGGGUGGCGUCGAGGACAAGACUGUCGUACCCGCGCGCGGGCAGAUCGUGAUUGUGCGGAACGACGCAGGGAAGAUGCUCGACGUGUCAGGCACGGACGACGGAGACGGAGAAGCGUGCUAUGUUAUGACGAGAGCCGCGGGGGGGGGGCACUAUCCUUGGGGCUGGGAAUCACAGCCCGACCCCAACCUGGCUGUCCGGAUCAUGAAGCGAGCCGUCAAGAUGGUGCCAGCGCUGACAAACGGGAAGGGAAUCGAGCAUCUCGAUAUUAUUAGGCAUGGAGUGGGACUGAGACCUGUGCGUGAGGGUGGAGUGCGAAUUGCGAAAGAGCGAAUCGAUGGCACUUGGGUCGUCCACAACUAUGGUGCCGGAGGGGCUGGAUAUCAGUGCUCCUAUGGUUGCGCACAGGCUACGGUGGAUCUGAUUGAGGAGGCGUGCCGUGAUGUGCGUGCGAGGCUAUAG